AUGGUUUUGGGACCUUCAAAGAUCCCACAAGCCAUGAAGUCGACACUGAGCACAGUAAUACUUGAAAGAACUGCUGUGAUUUUUAUACAAUCACAGCCUGAGAUCCGCCAUGUUGCCAGCUGGACGACUCGGAAGUUACUCCCCUCCGAAGGCAUCCAGUUCAUCUUCUUUCUUUUGCUGUUAAUCUCACAUUGAGUCCUUCUUGUUCAGUGUCAUUAGAUGAGAGAUCUUCCUCCGACUCCGAGAAAUAGGUCAAACGGGAGGCUACCCUCGACUCACCUCUCUAUCUAUAAAACCCUUCCCAGAGGAGAGCAGAAGCUCCAGGAUGAGUAUGUCCUGGAUUCCGGGAUUCAUUCUCGUCUUGAUCCACUAUGGAAUUUUCGAAAUCUACAAAAACAUUCUAGGAGAGGGCUCGUAAUGAUCUUCUCAAAGAUCACAAGGUUCUGAAGUGGCAGGAUAGGUAGGGGGGAUCUGUAGGUUUUUGUGAAAGGGAUGCUCUUAUCAUGUUAUUGCUGAAAAGAAAAAUCGAAUUAAAUAGAGGAAUUCGAUUUGCGAAAUGUCGGCGAAAGCUCUGAUUUCGUUAGUGUUCAGUUAGAGCGAGAGGAGCAUGGAUUUGUUCCCUUACGCCAGGCAGUCAAGCGGUUCGGGUUCUCGGGUGCGAGGGAAGAAAAUAGACG